AUAAAAAAGUGGAACGAAAAUGCAUUAUUCAUUGUUUCAGUCAGUGUUUCCAAUAGAAUUACAAUAGUCCUACCCAGAAAAAGUAUUUUUUUUAGUGUAAAAUGAUGGAUGCCGUGACUUAUAAAGAAUACCAUGAAAGUUUUAUGAAAAAUAACAAUGGUUCGACGAUUGAAGAUGUAUUUAUUACGGUGAUUCCAACAUUUUUCACAACAUUCCUGGCCACAAAUAUAAUUUUUGUUGCUCAACCGCUUGGAGUGAUUUCGACAUUUAUCAUUGAAUUCAUUUUCAUUGUAAUUUCAACUGUUCUUCAUGUUACCAUUUUAAAUUAUCGAAUAUGGGAGAUUGCAUUAACUCUUUUGUGUGUGACAAUAACAGCAGCUGCCAAGCAGAUUUAUGGCCGUAUUCAUAUUGCACCAUUUGUUCAAGUGCCAUGCCAGCGUCCAGAAUAUUUGAAUACAUUUCGGGCUGUCAUAAAUCUAACCACCGCAAUCUGUAUACUGGCCGUCGAUUUCAAAUGUUUUCCCCGAAAAUUGGCAAAGACUGAGACUUUUGGAUUCGGUUUAAUGGACACUGGUGUCGGCCUAUUUGUAUUUGGUAAUGGAUUGGUGGCACCUGAAUUGCGUAAAGCAAGUGACAGCAGUCGUUUGACAUGGAAAAAAGUGGAGAAAACCAUCAAAGGCUGUUUGCCGUUAGUGAUUUUGGGCGCUGUUCGAUUCGCUGCAACAAAAGAAAUAGACUAUCAACAACACAUCAGCGAGUAUGGUGUUCAUUGGAAUUUCUUCUUAACACUGGCCUGCACGAAAUUCUUUGGAACCAUUCUGCUGGGUAUUUUGCCACAUUUUGAGUACCUCAAAUAUCUGUCGAUAGCUUUGUUAUUUUUACACGAACUAUGUUUACAACUUGGCGUCGCCGAUUACAUCAUCGAUUCAAACAACCAGAUAAAACGUGAUAAUUUCCAAAAUGCCAAUCGCGAAGGUAUUUUUUCAAUUUUGGGCUAUGUUUCAUUAUAUUUGGCAUCGGUUUAUGUUGGCUAUCGCUUGAGAAAAGUGGACAUUAUUUCGGAAAAUAAUCGAAAUGCACCCGUUUUUACAAAUGUUCGUCAAUUAUUUUGGAAGACAGUGCGAUUACUUAUUGUGGCAGCCAUUUUAUGGAAAGUUACAUACAUUUUGAAGAAUAUGUUUGGCGUUUCACGGCGCAUCGCUAACAUGGGCUACGUUUUUUGGAUUUUAUCUAUUGGAACAACGAUUAUUGUUUGCUUUAUGCUACUGGAAAUCUUUUACUAUUUUCGUGCUUUCGAUCGACCCAUCACAGAUGAAGACGACGAAAAUCCAACGGAGAAACGGAAUUAUGCGCCAAUCAUCUUGAGUGGCAUCGUUUAUAAUGGACUCGUAUUCUUUUUGCUGGCAAAUCUUAUGACUGGAAUCGUUAACCUGAGCUUUCAAACAUUACUUCUGAGCACAUCACAAGCAUUGACAAUUUUAUUUAUUUAUAUGUUUGCUCUUUGUACAAUUACCACAUUUUUAUAUUUGAAGAAAAUUAAAUUAAAAGUUUGGUAAUCAUUUUAAUAUUUAAACGCACAUCGUAGUGCUUAUAUGCUGAUUUUAAGAAUAUAUAUGUAAUUCCAAAUGAACAAAGAUUGACUAAUUAAUAGUAUUAAUCGUUUUAGAGUCAGUUGCAUAGAUUGAAUGUAGGCAAUGCGUUAUAAAAUAGACCAAAAUAUUUGUGAAGAAAAUAGUGCAAUACAAGUAUAGCAAAAUAAACUAGAAUCAAAGCAUAAUUAAUAAAAUAAAGUUGAUCGAGACCAAUAUAAAGUAGAAACUGUAGAAAAUGUUUGUAGAAAAUUUAAAUGACUAUAAUAAAAUGUGUUCCCAAAA